UUGAGAAUCCUCUUCCAUCCAAGGAUGAAUCGUUUUUCUCUUCGCCUAGCGGCAGUUGCUGCUUUGCUCCUUGCAUCUUGCAUCCUAGGAAAAGAUGAUUUCAACUCUAAGCUGGUUAUUAACGAGGUUUCUCGAAAGAUAGACCUUUCAACCCAGCUGGCUAAAGUCAGCACUUCCGUGACGCUCGAAAAUGCAGGCGAUUCAUCUGUAGGGUAUUUUCAUCUUGCUAUCGAACCAUCUCUAGUGGACAAACUCGCAUUUGUUGGAGUCACGGCAAAGACACCUGAAGACGAAGAUUCAAGUUUAACAUUAAAACAAGUAGAGUUUAGUACACACAGUGAGACAAAGUUCUUCAAAGUAGACCUAGGAUUCCGUCUAAAACCAGGAGAUACUGUCGACCUAACUGUGGAGGAGGUUUUUGUCCAUGCAAUGAGUCCAUUCCCUACCAAAAUCACACAGUCAGAAAAACAGUUUGUCCUCUUUUCGUGCAACCACUACUAUUACACACCGUACAAUGUGAAAAAGCAAACUACCACAGUGUCCUUGGCAACAUCCUCCGUGGAGUCUCACAGCAAGCUUAAACCCACCAGCCUCUCUGAUAAUUCUAUUGCGUACGGACCCUACAGUGAUGUCGAGACGUUCCAGGUGAACCCUAUGAGGGUGCACUUUGAAAACAACACUCCUUUCCUCUCGGUUCUUGGCAUGAAAAGGACCAUAGAAGUUUCCCACUGGGGCAACAUUGCAGUUGAAGAGACCUAUCACAUGAAACAUGUGGGAGCUGAACUCCAGGGUGCAUUCUCAAGAUAUGAUUAUCAACGUACAGCGGCUCCUUCUUCCAUCAAGUCUUUCAAGGCAGUCCUGCCAGCUGCUGCCAGUGACGUGUACUAUCGGGAUGAAAUUGGCAACAUCUCAACCAGUAAUCUGUGGUCUCAAGAGGAUUCGGUGGAGUUGGAGCUGCGGCCAAGGUUUCCAUUGUUUGGUGGAUGGCAAACUAGGUUCUACAUGGGCUACAAUGUUCCUAGCUAUGAGUACUUGUACAACCUUGGAAACAGAUACAUCCUCAAGAUGCGAGUGAUAGAUCACAUAUAUGACGAUUUUGUUGUAGAUGAUCUGAGUAUGAGGAUUAUUCUUCCCGAAGGAUGCACUAACAUUCAACUGAAGGCACCAUUCAAUAUGGAGGAGGGCAACCGUGAACUACAUUUCACGUACUUGGACACAGUUGGCCGACCUGUGGUGGUUGCACACAAAACUAACUUGGUGGAACAACACAUACAAGAUUUUGAGCUGCACUACUCGUUCAACAAGGUUCUUCUGUUACAAGAGCCUCUGCUUGUUGUUGGUGCAUUCUACUUGCUCUUCAUGCUUGUUGUCAUUUACAUGAGGCUUGACUUUGCUAUCAGCAAGGAUGAAGCCAGUGAAUCGCGCAUGCGUGCUGCUUGUCUGAUCGAAGAGGUUCAGCGUCUGUUGGACCGUCAGAGUGGCCUGUACUCUGUGUAUUCUGAUGCCAUUCACAAGUACAAAUCAAGCAAAGAUGCUACAGCAUUUGCUAAUGCACGCAAGAAGCUGGAUGGAGAUUAUCGCUCCAUCAGUAAUCAAAUCACUCAGGUGCAGAACUCCCUUAACAAGGAGCAACCUGAGGCUGCUGAGAAGCUCACAGAGUUGCAGCGUAAAGAACACGAGAAGAAGCAGUUGUUGGAUGCAGCCAUCGUAAUGGCUGAGAAAGUGGUGAAUGGUCGCCUGAGCAAGCAAGCAUAUGUGGAGGGCGAGGGCAACAACAAGACCAAGAGGCAGAAACUGAGCGCUGAGAUUGAGACCAUGGCUGGAAGCCUUUAAUGCAGUUUCCCAUGAAUCCCUGUGAUGUCAGUGUGAUGUUUAGCAUUUACCCAGUUUUCACCCUUCUAAUGUGUUACAGUACUGUACAGCCAUUUUGAAGGGAAUUGGACCCAAAAAGUGCAAUGUAACACCACCCUACAGCCCCCUGUUAAUAUAGCUUUCUUGUUAUUACAGUCACUUUAUUCUGGCCGGAACAAAGCUAAGUCAGUCAUUUUCGUAUUUAAAGAACCCUUUAAUACGGCCACUCUGUUAAUACAGCCAAACUUGUGUGGGCCGUUGGUGACCAGUUUAACGAGGUUGCACUGUAGGAUUGUCAAGUUAGGAUCCUGAGUCAAAACCAACACGAUUGAUUGAUUUCAUUUAGUACUUUUAAAAUGUGUGUGCAAUUUAAAUGGUGUGUUGUUGGACAACUUCUUUUGGAGAUUCAUGAGAUUUAAAAGUGAGGUUGAAUUUCUUGCCCUGACAUCACAGGGUUUUCAUAGGAACUAUUAAAACAGAAUAAUUAAACUUAUAAAUGUCUUGUUAAAGAGUAGCUUUUGAAUUGUGUAGGUUUGCCGUCCAUUUUCUCACAAAACGCUGACUUGAAGCACCACUCAGUGAUACAUGGUGUUACUCACCGUUGCUGUGUAGGUUCUACCUAUUAAAAAUUGAUAUUUUAAAGAA